AAGCUAGUUACAGAAACGGAAACCAAAUUGUGGUGGGCAGUUCAAUAUGGGGCACUAGGCUUUUAAAGUGUCAGUCAUCAACACAUUUUCAAUCUGAAAAUCUUUUUACUUUGUUGUUUUUGUUUUGUUCUCUAGAGAAAUUUCUUAAGUUUCAGGCCACACAACAAAGUGAAGUACUAGUUUUGCACAAGAAUGGCAACUAAUGGUAGUAUGUGCUUGGAUGAGAAGAAGAAGAGAUCUAGGGUGGUAGUGGCUGCAGAUGAAUCUAGCAAAUCAAAAAAAGUGGCAGAUAGAUCCAAGUCCCCAAGGCUAUCAGAUGAUGAGGAGUUUCAAAGUGCUGCUCCUACCCAAGAUCAGCAAAUUGAAGAACUAAAGGGUGAGAUAGAGAAGCUUCAAGCAAGGGUUAGAGAUUUGGAGAAACAGGUUGAUGAGAAAGCUGAAUUAGAAACUGAAGUGGAGAUAUUGAAAGAACAGGUAGAUGAAUUAACAGGAAGUGUUGAAAGUCUUGAAGAUCUUAACCAAGUCUUAACUGUCAAAGAAUUUCAGCACAAUGAUGAGUUACAAGAAGCUCGUAAAGUACUAAUUCAGGAAAUUGGAGAAAUUGGAGAAAGUUCAUGCACUGCCACUGAAUUGCUGGAAAUUGGAGAAAGUUCAUCAAAUUCUCAGUGUCUCGUUGGGAUUAAGAGAAUGGGAGAAUUACAUUCAAAGCCAUUUUGUGAUGCAUUAAAAGACAUUUGUAGCUCAUCUUCGGAGGAUCGAUUUUCCGAUCAGUCUGUCCUGCUUUGCAACUUUUGGGAGCAAAUGCUCAAAGACCCCCUUUGGCAUCCAUUUAAAGUUGCCCUUGUUGAUGGCAAACAUCGGGAGUUGCUCGACGAGGAGGAUAAAUUAUUGAAAGGUUUGAAGAAUGCAUGGGGGAAAGAAGCAUAUUCUACAGUUGUGAAUGCACUUCUGGAGCUCAAUGAGUAUAACCCAAAUGGCAGAUAUCCAGUUCAAGAGCUUUGGAACUUUGAGGAGAACAGGAGGGCUACUGUGAAUGAAGGAGUUGCGGCACUUGCUCAUCACUUGAGAAUGUAUCAUCCAAAUGGUAGACAUCCACUUCAAGAGCUUUGGAACUUUGAGGGAUUGUUUCAUCCAACUAACACUACUAGUAUGGGAAGAAAUUCGUAGAAAAGUGGAACAAAAGCCUAGCUGCACGAAAGUCUUCCCAUCACAGUAACACUCUUUUGCUUCAAAUCUCUUCGAAUUUAAAUCGGUUGUGUGUUUGCUAUAUCAAAUUAAUAUUUAGGGUUCUUCUUUGAACCAGUUGCUAGUUUUAUUUUCAUAUAGGGAUUCGAUUGGUUUCUUCUGGAAACCAUAUUUAAGUUGAUUUGACUGAUUUCAAUCACAGUUUAUAUAUCAAAUUGGUUAGAGUAUA